AUGAAAACAAAUCACAUCCGGCAUCUUGUUUUGCGUCUCGUCAGACUGACAAUCAUACAACACCUCCUGUUGGAGUAUUUGACGGCCGUCCUCAAGUCUCCAGAAUCCCUACAGACGCAUCAAGAGCAUCAAAAUCAUCCGAAGACAGAACAGGACCCAACGACAGAGCCGCAGGACCCCACGGCAGAACAGCAACAGCCGCCACCAAAGCAGGAAUCCACUUCUCUUGUGCCCAACCUGGAGGAUGCAUCGGCCGAUGGCACCGGAGAGGUCGCGGAAGACGGGGAGGAGGAGGAGGACGGGAAGAAGAAGGGGAAGGCUGCACGCGAAGAAAGUCUCCAGACCCUGCUCGAGACCCUCCUCGAGGCCCAAAUAGUGUCCAUGCUGCACACACGGGAGGGCGUUCGGGCUGCCCUCGCUGUGCUCUGGCUUUGCCCGCCCAAAGAUCGCAAGACGCUGGUCCGCUCACUGAAGACCUUCGUGGCCUCCCUGGCCUAUGACGAGCACGGCCACCUCUUCCUGAUGGGCCUUCUGGACGCCGUGGAUGACACCAAACUCAUCUGCAAAUAUGUCAUCAAGGUAGGAUUUGCUACAGCUUUUUUUAAUCAGCCCUAA